UCACACGCUCGGGCCUCGCAGUGGUAGUAAGUCCCCAGCACAGGACGCUCGGAGCACCGCCACCUCGCGCUCACUCCUUUCUACUCCAAGUUCACUCCACGGUGAUUGUUGUUGGUGUGUUUUACUCCUUCAAUUAGAUUCGUGGUGAUCUGAUUGGUGAGAAAAUCGUUGGUUAGACAAAUAAGUCUAAUCUUCUUUGUGCUGUUGGUGCAAAUCUCGGUGCCACAAGGCCAAGCGCUCCAAUUCUGUUCUCGCAACCAAAGUGUCUGUUAUCUCUUGUCAGUGUUUCCACAUGAGAGUGCAAAACACGUGUUGUUCAAUCUCCUAAGAGUGGAAGUUUCAAACAAGGAAUACCACCCACCCUCCCAGUGCACAACCUGACCCGGAGUGAUCUAUCCCUCGCGAAUCGCCGCCGGAAACCAGGUGUCGCCCGCUUCCCCUUCCACUUCGGGAGCAACGUGCCGAGGCUUACGACAGGUGUGGAGCGACGACACGUGCCUCAGACAAUUAAGGGGAUCCAGCACAUGGUGCAGACAACUAUGGCAGCGCCGUUCCCAUACAGUCAGAACGGCGAGGCGGGUGCUGGCGUAAAGGCCGACCCGAGUAAAGAAGGGCCGCCGUUCUCGCCGCCUGGUGCGCCGGGGGCGCCAGCGCCAGGAGCCCCCGGAGCGCCCCCGGCCCCUCAGACCACACCCACCGCUGCCGUCCCGGGCGUACCUGUCACAGUCUCAUCCAGUGGGGCGACGGUAGCGGGGGGAAUGGCAGUACAGGUCCCCGUCGGUCCCCCUGUAGUCGCCAACGGUGUCGAGCAGCAAGCGGUUACUGCGAAUGAAGCAGAAAAUGGUGAAGCAGCAGCUAAUGGUCAACCUGGCACUCCAGCACCCACAAAGGAACAGCCAAAGCGACUCCACGUCUCAAAUAUUCCAUUCAGAUUUAGAGACCCAGACCUCAGAAAUAUGUUCGGCAAAUUUGGCACAAUCCUUGAUGUGGAAAUCAUCUUUAAUGAGCGAGGAUCAAAGGGCUUUGGUUUCGUGACAUUUGCUUCUGCAUCUGACGCAGACCGUGCCAGAGACUCACUAAAUGGCACAGUCGUAGAAGGUCGCAAGAUAGAGGUGAACAAUGCCACUGCCCGUGUUCAGACCAAGAAGCCAACUGCAGCUGUUCCCAAUGUUAUACUCGCUAGAAAUGGAAUGGUGCCAACUGCCGUGGCGGCGGCCCUCCGAGGUGUUGCGAUCCAGCGUGGCAGGGCCCGGACGUAUCCGGCCACUGCCCUUGCACGUCAUCCCACCCCACUAACAGCUGCCGCCACAGCUCUGCAUGGCUACACACCCGGUGUAUAUUAUGACCCCUUCCUAGCAGCGCAAGCGGCAACUGCAACUCCUCUCCAGGUGAAUCCACAAGCAGCUGCAGCCGCAGCUGCAGCGGUGGGCCAGCCUGCUGCUGCCGUUGGUGCGGUCAACCACCCCGCCGUGGGGGCCUCCGCCGCCCAGCUCCUUAAAACACCAACACUUUCUGUCUCAACGGCCCAACAGGCAGGGUAUGCAGCAGCAGCAAAUGCCUACACAGCUGCCGCGGCACGGGCCUAUGGAGUGGCUGCGGCAGCCGCCCAACCUGCAGCCGUAGCAGCUUACCCUACCAUUGCCGCUGGAUCGAUCUAUUACAGUGCCUAUGCUGACAGGCCCUACCCGGACCCAUACAUCGCGGCUGCAUCCGGAAUUGGACCAGUGGCAGGCUACGGAGCGGUCUACAGAGGCAGCUACAAUCGAUUUGCACCAUACUGAGGACUUCACAUGUGCAUUCAUCAAAUAACAUGACAAUGCUGUUAUCAAUUGCUCAUUAGAGACUAUGUUGGUCUGUGUGACUGUAUAAUUAUAUAUAAAAAAGGACUCUGCUCCCAGCCCUUGACCAUCUCUUGUAGGAAAGUCCCUUAGAGUGUUAUCACAUUGCUUGGCUGGCAGAGUCUGGCUGUCAGUGCGACACACGAGGACCAAGUAUCCCCUGUGGCAGCUCAUUAUUGCUUGCUACUUGGGGCUCAUCCAAAAUGACAGCUUAUGGUAAAUGAGGCACAGUUACCUGGAUGCCCCCAUGCCAUGGAUCCAUCAGCAGUUGCUUCCAAAGCCUAAGGACUGGUGGCAGAAUGUUGGUGGUUGUGCGAGUGUGUUGUGUGCCAGACCGGAACUGUUGUUGUUUGAAAGGUGACUGUAGUUGAGUGGCAUCCAGUUUGCACAACAACAGAUGGCUGGGGCUGGAAGGUGGUGUGUUGCCAACCACACCAACCUGACCAACACAUGGACUCUGUGCUGUUGUUACCAUUUUCCCUCUACCAUUUUGUAUGAAGGGUCUUGUAGUGAAUUUCUGAACAAUUUGGAAACCUCAGUUCCAACCCAUGUAGGCCAUUUCUGAGUCAGUGGAGUACCAUAAUUUGUUAUGUUGAGAGUAGGCAUGGCCCAUUUCAUACAGCAAUUAUGAAAUGAUAUAGUGCAUUUUUAAUGUAUUCAACGAAACAUUUGACAAGUGUGACUCAUAUAACCUAUACUUGUACAGUGUAUGUUUACACUCUUAAGAUAUACUUGAUAACCAGUUAUGAAUCUCGACUUCUGAUAGCCCUAUUGAUAUUAGCUAUAGAAUCUCAUUUCCUUUAUUACUUCCACUAAGAGUUUUUAAUUUUUCAUGUCUCAGAGUGCACUGUUUGCACUUGCUAUUUCUGAACGUAAAGUUAUUUUAUACAAGGUGCAAUGUCAGAACAUCAUUCAUCCUAAAGGCAUUGUAUUAAGAAUGUUUUUGGUGUUAUAUAGAUUUUUGUAUGAUGCAGAACCCCACAUAUAAGGUCACAUGUAGGUCCUAAGUCACAAAGGGUAUGAUUCUGUCAAGACAUUUUAUUAUUAUUAUUAUUUUUACUAAUUAUUAUCACAUUAUCAUCAUCAUUGCUAUUGUAACUUGUUAAGUUGGAAAUUAUCUCAUCAGUUGUAGCCAAGACAAUCACAUUCUUAUUUACAAAAUGACAGCAUGGGACUAAAGACAUGAUUACCAUGCUUGGGUUUGCUUUUAUGAAAGUGUGUGGGUUCUCCAAUAUACCUCCUUUUUUUUCUUUUUUUUUUUUUAGGUCAGUACAUUUUUGUAGGUUAAUUCUCCUUUCCCUGUACAAUAUUUGUAAGUUUGCACCAAACUGUUGAAAAUCAAAGUGUUUUAGUGAUGGACAGCACAAUCAUUUUCUCCAUAUGCCCAAAGUGAUGUGUCUUUGUGGAUAUUCACUCUGUGCAUUUCCCAGUAGCUAUGUGAUCAGUCUGUAUAAAUAUGUGAGCCGUUUUCAUUAAUGCUCAUCUUAAUGACAAGUGUAUUCAUUAUGAUAUUAUUGUGUCAUCAGUGUCCGAAGUAUCAGUGACGAGUGUCUUUUCUCAUGUUUUGUAACUGAUGGCUUCUGCUGUGUAUUGCAGUGUGGCAGUGUGGGUGUAAGGUGUAGUGGUGUUCGCACAAACCCUCAGGUAUCUACCGGCUUGACCGAUACGCCCGACUGACAGACUCGCCUACAACCACAUUAGCCACCUGCAAUGUCUUCUUGCACACUUCUCCCUCUUUAUUGUGCAGUUUGUCAAUCAUCCAAUUUGUGUUGCAGUGUCUUGGUUUCUUUCUGCUGUGAACCAUUGUUUUGCUUACCUUUGGGUCAACUUGACACUUCAGGACAAGGAAGUUGCAAUCAUGCAUUUCCCCCGAUUGGCACAAUAUCAAUUAGUCAUUAGGUGCAAUAGGGACUUUCACAACAUUUUUCCGGGUUUUUAAAUAUUUGAUUUUGAGGCAUAUGAAGAUAUAACCUGUCCUAGAUCCUGGAUUGUGACUUGUCCAUAGAGAAGCUGACCACAUGGGGAUUGUCAGAACCAAAGAUAUCAGUAUUUGUCCAGUCUGCAAGUCUCCACUCUGUGCUAUGCUUAAUGCCACUAUCUUAGUUUUAAACGUGCAUAAUGUUUCCUGUAUUUUUUCUUUUCAUUUUUUUUUUCUUUUUUUUAAUUUUGAUCUGAGAGGUAAAGUGGCAGCCUGGAAUCAUUUAAACUGAACCAAAGAUCUACAAUUGUUGUCUUUUGUGCCAUUGUGCAUAUUGAUAUUGCUGCAUUGGGGAUUAAGUGUAGGAUCUAAGCCAAUGUUUUUGACAGAUACUUAUUCAAUUCCCAGCUUUAAAGCUUGUACUUGGCCAGAUACAUUUGGCCCACAAAUGUAGCGGUAUGUACCAUACUUGGCACAAGCCUGUAGACAACAUAGUGCAGCAGUGUUAAAUCUUGUGCAGCUAAUUGUGGUCCUUAUGCUCUUGGAGAUGAAAUGGCAGCCAUUUUUGGAAUAAAAGCAGCUACACCCUCUCAGAGUAAAGAGUAUUGAAGUAAUUAAGGUAUUUACCCUACUCAAGGAAUGCUUGAUAGGUUACAAUUCACAGUGCAGGAAAGAAACCAGACAAUAGAGAUGUCAAGUCUUCCUUUUAGCACAAUGGAUAAUUUGUGUCGUGUUGUGAAUCCGAGCACAAGAGAGAUUAAAUUAUUGAUUCCUUCAGUCAAGCACAAUGGUGAAUAAAUGUGUAUCGUAACGUCCAGUAAGAUGAUAUUUUGUUUGUGUUCAUUAUUCGUAAUCAAUGUAAGAAACUUCACCAUUUUUGUAUAAUGUAUUAUUGUGUAAUGAUAUUUAGUAAUGACAGAGAGUACUAGUUUUAGACAACUUUUUGCUCCUUUUAAACCUGAUUGUGGUACUGUACAAAUCUGCCCUGUGUUUACUCUGUAUAAUAAAUAAAAAUAUGGAUAUUA